CAGUAUCUAGUGAAAGUGACUGUGAGUGGUCAGUGUCUAGUGGGAGUGACUGUGAGUGGUCAGUAUCUAGUGGGAGUGACUGUGAGUGGUCUAACAGCGCUCCUGCCCCCUGCACAGCACGAGACGGUUCAAGUCCAGCGGUUCUGCGAAAUCCCCAGUUCGACGAGAGAAGAGAAAGACGAUCGAGAUGGCGAACGAGGCCGAUCCAUGUGCGUGCGAGCUGGGAGACGUGAUGCCCUACAUUGGGCAUGGCAGGGAGGUGCGUGCGGGACACGUGGACUCGUACCUGAGUGCGGCUCUGCCCGGUGGACACGGGGAUCAGUCCUCGGAUCGGGGUCUCAUCAUCAUCCAGGACAUCUAUGGGUGGAGGCUGCCCAACACUCGCUUCAUCGCGGACUGGCUGGCCGGAGAAGGAUACACGUGCAUCGUCCCAGACUUUUUCCUGGGGAAGGAGCCUUGGGGCCCCAGCCAUGACUGGAGCACCUUUCAGGAGUGGCGAAAGGACAAGCAGCCCACCAACAUCGCCAAGGAGAUCGAUGCCGCGAUGGAUUACCUGAAGACGGAGUGUGGAGUGCAGCGGAUUGGGGUCUUGGGUUUCUGCUGGGGAGGCCUGGCAGUCCACCACCUGCUGCUCACAAACUCCGAGCUGCGAGCUGGUGUGGCUUGCUACGGUAUCAUUCGAGAGGAGGAGCACCGGUAUGCACUCAAGAAUCCCGUUUUGUACAUCUUCGGAGAAAUGGACACGUUCAUUCCACUGGACAUGGUGCACUCGCUGGAGAAACGCCUUGCGGCCGAGUGCCAGGUGGACGUGCACGUGAAGGUGUUUCCGGGACAGACGCACGGCUUCGUGCACCGCAAGCACGAGGACAUCAGCCCGGCCGACGAGCAGCACAUUAAGGAGGCACGUGCCGAUCUACUCGCCUGGCUCAACAAAUACGUGUGAUGGCACUCUUGCCGAGCCAGCGGUGGCGAGUUGCCAAAUGAGCCUCCCCGUGCUCUGUAUAAGGAAAUGGGGGUCACUUUAUACAAUUAAUUAACAGCACUGCUAACGUUUAGAUUUCACUAAAAAGUGUCCUUCCUUUCACAUCGGCGUGGCCUU